GAUAUCUUGGCUGUAUAUAAAUAUCUUUUCCUUGGUUCGUUACUUCAGUUUCCAACAGGUCUCCAGCCAUGAAUACAACAAUGACCUGCAAUCCCUGUUUUAACAACGACUUUCCAUCCCACCAAGAACUAGGAGAAAUUGAAAAAUCCAUCAUACAGGAUUUAAACUUGGAGGAGAAGAAAUUUACCUUCACUAAAAUCAAACACAGCGAAGAGAAAAUAGAUGGUGAUCCGAAGAAAUGCAUCUGGAGACUUAACUCCAUUGAAAGAGUACACUGCGAGGAAAGAGUUAGGACGGAAGUUCAUGCAGCCAACAUGGAGACCGAAAGAGACGUGUCUUUAGGAGGUUUUAUCUGUUCAACAAAAAGGAAGAAUGGCUCCUAUCUUCAUAAAUUUGAGGACGUUGAUCAAAAUGGAGUCCUGUUCAAAUCUUUGUCGAUCAGAGAUGGCGACAUCCUUGUAUCACUGAACUUUAAGGAUGUUUCCGUCUUACCACCAGUCGGUCAUGCUGAAGUCAUCGAUUAUUUCCAGAAGAAGGUUACGCUUGACGAGUCCAGUACGAUGAUGAUAUGCAGACCCAGACCCAAAAGUGAGAAAUAUGUGUACUUCAAGCUUAAAUUUUGUAUAAAGAACAUUUUAGAAGAUUGGUCCGAAGAAACUGAUGAAUGCUUGCAAAUAAUUGUAAAGAAUCCAACAGAUAGCCCUUAUCAGUUGGUAACAGCACUCAGAGUCGCCAAUGCUUGCCAAUUUCUGAUAAAUGAUGACGGCCACCUUCGACUCUCGAGACUGGAUGAUUUUAAGAAACGCCAAAGUGGUCACUUUGUUCGUCACCGGACCGUUAAAUGCGAGGACGGUUCCCGUAUCUUUAAUUUGUAUGCAUAUCAGUCUGUGACGGAAAGUUCCAAGUUCCUGGGAUUGGCACCCGAUGGUGAAACUAUCGACUUAGUGGAGGGAAAGAACGAUGACGAACAUGUUUCAUUCAGAAACUAUAAAUGUAAAGCCUCGGGGUCGAUUUUGCGACCUUAUAAACAACCUGAUAAAGCAGUUUGUUUCAUUAACGGCCGAUUACAGUUGACGGAUUUCGUUGUCUCCGGAACUAUUCCGCAUCUCGCGGGGCUUCAGGAACUGGACAUUUAAUUAAAAGACCUGUUUUGGUUUCAUCGAUGGUGUUAACAAAAAGAUUAACUUGAUAUCGUAUUUUGUGAAAACUACAUUGUGUGAAUGGAGUCUUUUUUUCUUAUUUCUUUUCUUAUGUUUUUAAUAACAUUUAAUAUUUUAUUAAUUACAAUGAUGCGGACAAACAUGCAUUUAGGUAUACAUAUUUGAAAUGGCAAUACUAUAUUCUUUAAACAAGACUUUUUUCCCUUCAUUUUUUUUAAAUUUGUAUAACAUGUAACAAUAUCAAAGAAUCACUUUGGCCAGUUCUCUAUACAGUA